AUGGCGCAGUGGUCGAUCAACAUCGCUGUGGUCGCUGAGCCGUAUUUUGUCUGGCCUAGGGAGGACUGGGUGGCGGACCUUAACGGCUCAGUGGCCAUCAUUUCUUCAGCCGCCGCCGGUACCCCGACCCUUGAAGGUGUCAGGAGGGGUCAGGGGUGCGUAGCAGCACGGUUCGGGGAGUUCGUCGUUGUGGGGGUGUACUUCUCCCCGAACCGAUCUCUCGCCGAGUUUCACAACUCUCUUGCAGAGCUGAGAGCAGUCGUCGUCGGAAGUAAUCCCCUCCCCGUACUUGUCCUCGGGGACUUCAAUGCCAAGAACUUGGCUUGGGGUUCUCGUCGUACAGAUGUGCGGGGUAGGAUGGUGGAAGACUGGGCUCUGGAGACAGGCCUGGUCGUCCUAAAUCGGGGUUCUGUCCCCACGUGUGUGCGGAUGCGGGGCGAGUCGGUGGUGGACAUUUCGUUCGCUAGCCCCGCUCUGUCGCCGCGUGCCAUUGACUGGCGUGUCAUGGAGGGGGUGGAGACCUACUCCGACCACCGGUACAUCCGGUUUGACGUCUCCAGCCAGCCCUCGAGCGCGCCAGUCCAACAGGCCCCGAGUGGUCCGCGGUGGGCGCUGAAGCAGCUGGACCGGGAGCUCCUCCUGGAAGCCUCGAUCGUGCAGGCCUGGGUGUCAUCACCGGACAGGCCUGCCGACGUCAAUGAUGAGGCAGGGUGGUUCCAGGAGGCCAUGUCCGAGAUAUGUGACGUGGCAAUGCCCCGCGUCCGGCCAGGAAGCGCCCGGCGUCAGGUGUAUUGGUGGUCGCGUGAGCUGACGUUUCUGCGCGAGGCGUGUGUCGCCGCGCGGCACCUGUACGCCAGGCAUCGCAGGCUCCGCAAUCGUCCACCGAAUGCGGCAGCCAUUGAGGCGGAGCUGUACGAGGGAUACAGAGCGGCAAAGACCGCCCUCCGGGAGGCUGUCCUGCGGGCCCGGGAUCGGGCCCGUGAGGAGAUGCUGGAGACUCUCGAUAGAGAUCCGUGGGGGCGCCCUUACAAGAUCGUGCGGGAUAAACUCCGCACCUGGGCCCCCCCGCUGACGCAGAGUCUCCGGCCUCAGCUCGUGGAGGAUGUGGUGAGCGCUCUGUUCCCUGCGCGCGGGGAACAUCCGCCCCCGCCUAUGGCUCCGCCACCUGCGGUGCCGGAAGCGGACCACCAGGACGACGACGACGACAUCCCGGAAGGGACCGGGGUAGACCUGAGAGUGGCGGUACGUAGGCUCAAGGCCAGGAAUACCGCCCCAGGACCCGAUGGCUUGCCUGGCAAAGCCUGGGUCCUGGCCUCGGAGGCUCUCGGGCCCCGACUGGAGGGGCUCCUAAGCGCAUGCUUGGAGAGAGGCCAAUUCCCGCUUCGUUGGAAGACGGGGAAGCUGGUCCUCAUUCGGAAGCCGGGGCGCCCUGCGGACUCUCCGUCCGCAUACCGGCCCGUGGUGCUGCUCGACGAGGUGGGCAAGCUCUUUGAAAGAGUAAUUGCAAACCGCCUCGCCGAGCACCUUGCGGGGACGGGGCCGGAUCUUGCGGAACACCAGUUUGGUUUCCGCAAGAGGCGCUCUACGGUGGACGCCAUCAUGCGCGUGAGAGCCCUCACGACGGGGGAUGCAGUGGCCAGGGGGGGGGGUUGUCUUGGCGGUGUCUCUCGACAUCGCCAACGCCUUCAACUCCAUGCCCUGGAGCUGCAUUAG